AUGGUGAAGAACGCCGUCGACGUCGUCUUCGGCGGCAUCAGCUACUGGAUGGUCGGCUACGGCCUCAGCCACGGCGACGCACCCGGAUCGAACCCCGUCGUCGGAUUCGGACGCUUCUUCGUCGACGCUGAACCGGACGAGAUGGGCUGGCUCUACUCCGACUUCAUCUUCCAUCUGUCGUUUGCGACGACGGCGACGACGAUUGUUUCCGGAGCGAUGGCGGAACGGACGAAGCUGUCUGCUUACAUCGUCUUCUCUUUUAUAAACACAAUCAUCUACAGCUUCCCAGCGCACUGGGUGUGGGCCGACAACGGAUUUCUCCGCCAGAUGGGAGUAGUAGACAUAGCAGGUGUAACACUAAGCUACAUCUUCCAAAAGCGGCAUAUUAAAAUAAACUAUCUCAUUAAUGGCGUCUUGGGUGCUCUUGUUUCUAUAACAGGCGCAUGCGCGAUAGCAGCGCCGUGGGAGGGUAUCGUGAUUGGUUUCGUGGGCGCCGUGCUCGCCUUGGCUGCUGCCGCGCUGUGCCGGAAGCUGCAUAUCGAUGACCCCGUGGAUGUAGUUCCGGUACACGGAGUCUGUUCGAUAUGGGGAAUGCUGGCCAUAGGUAUCUUUGUUGCCGAAGACAAGGUGCAAUCCCUGACGUUCGGUCGGAGCGGCUUUCUGAGAGGUGGAGGCGGCAUGCUACUAGCAGUGCAGGCGCUCGCGUGUGUCGUCAUCUUCGUCUGGAGCGCUCUCGUUGCCUUCAUCCUCCUCAAG